AUGGCGGAUACAAAGAAGUAUCGUGGCAACUGCCGUUGCGGUGCAUUCAUUUUCGAGAUGGAGAUGCCCGAGAUCAAAUCGGCGAUGGCUUGCCGCUGCAGCAUAUGCCUCAAAAAAGCCUAUCUCUGGUUGCUGCUCGACAAGCCGCCGAAAAUCGUCAAAGGUGAAGGGACGCUUGUCGGUUACGAAUUUGGCAACAAAAAGAUGACCCAUCAGUUUUGCGAGAACUGCGGGACUGCUGUCAUGGCUGUCGGCGCUACAGGUGCGGGCAUCAAUGUGAGUCACAACUUCAUUUUCAGGUUCAACGGUGAUACGCUGGAUCCCCAAUACGUGCCGCCUGCGUAUUCGGGUCCUGAACCUAACCCUGCCGGGUUCGCCGAGGGCAAGACCUACUACGGGAGCUGCCAUUGUGGGGCCGUGACAGCCACACUCAAGGUCAAGGGCUCGCUGGACAGCUACGAGGGGCGUAUAAUCGAGUGCAACUGCAGCCUCUGUCAGCGGGGCGGAUACAUUUGGAUAUACCCCCUCAAAGACCAGAUUGCUAUUCAGGGGACUGAGAACUUGAGCUACUAUGUCACUCACUCGCGUGUCGGGCGAAUCGCAAAAUGUAAGACAUGCGGAGUACAGAUAUUCCUCGACCUGAAUCCCCUCACAGAUGAGGAGAUUGCCGCACUGCCAGAAGAUAUGCGGAAGCGUCGGGCGCAUAACAUCGACGUGCGGCCUUUCAAUCUGCGCGUGCUGAAUAACUUUGACCUGGAGAGCAUCAAACCGGUGCGACACGAUGGCUACAAUACAAUCAAGCCAGCCUAUGUGAACCCGUAG